UUGAAAUGGCCAAGCGUCAUCAGAAAUUCAUUUGUAGUAUUUGUCAACAACAGGUUUCUUAUGUUGACUUACAGGGUGGGGUUCAUGGACAUCUACUUCAUUUCAUUUGAAAGGACAAUAAAAUACUAUUUUUGUUUGUUAUCGUGCCUGCUGUAAUUGGUAAGGAUGCAACCUCUAUUGAGAGAGUGAGACAGUUGAGAAUGUACUGAGGAAAUACCUUCUUCUGACUUACACUUCAGGCGGGAAGAGGAGGAGGAGCAGGAGGAGGAAGAUGAGCAGCAGCAGCCCGACCAAGCUCAAUGGACAGGAAGAAAUGGGACAUAGUCGCGCUGAAGAUAUCCCGUCCGAGGUUGACUUUCGUGUGGUGCUAAUCUUGCUGCCCCUCAUCUUUAAAGGGAAAGUGGACCACUUCAUUACAGUAGGACAGGCUGCCGGCGGGUGUAGCAGUCAGUGUGGAUGGAGCAACAGAGCCAGGAUGGACAUCUCUGUUCUGCCCAACAACAACCACCCGGAGAAGUUCCUGCAGCUGGACGUUGGGAUGCUGCCGGCCACACAUGGCAUGUUUCAGGUCGGGGCGGUUAUGUCCAGUCAGAGACACUGGCAGAACAGGGUCUACUCCCAGAGGGAGGAAAGGGUCAUCACUGAAAGCUGGUCUCCUCCAUCCCCACAGCGCUCUCCUGUGGUGUUUGUGGACAGAUACCUUGAGAAGCACAUCACUCCAGUCACUCUCAAGUCUAACAUUAAAAGGAACCCUCUGUACAUGGCCAUAAGAUCAGUGGAAGCAGAGGACGACAAGAAGCCCAAGCCUUGCUGGACUGUCAGGGAGAGGAGGAGAAGUCUCCUAAAGAGCUGGACUUUUGGCUCGAGGAUCUCUACACACCAGGAUUCGACUCUUUACUGAAGAAGACAGAAGCUGAACUCAAAAGAAAAAGACUUUGUAAAAUCCUUUCUUCAGUCCUUUUGUCUAUUUGUGCCAUUCUAAUUGUUAUCGUGGUACCUGUCAUGGUUCUAAAGAAGAAGAACUGACUGAUGAGGACUCUGCUAUUGUACAGUAAAACCUUUAGGACCUCUUCUUAAGUAGUGGUCAUAUUUAUAGUUCUGCUCUUAUUUUUUUAUUAGAAUGAGAAGUAGAAAACUGUCUGGAGCCUGGAGCAGUCAUGGUGGAUGUGUUUUGGCUCCACAGCUGGAACACACUCUCCAUGGACCAUGAAAUCCACAGCAAAGUUUAUGGUAACCUACCAAGUAGUUGCUAAAAUGUGUGGAAACACAGACAGAUGAUCAGCAGAGACAAAAGGUUGCAGUUGAUCUUUUAGACCUUAAAAAGGACAUCUUAUGAAAAAAUCACUUUUCCAGCUCUUCUACGCUAAUAUUUUUUUAAUUUGGGGUGUGUUCAAGCCCCCCGAGUGUUAAAAACCACAAACACCUCCAUUUUGCAUGAGCUGCUGCACCACACUCUCUCGUGGCUUGUCUUUAAAACAUGCUGUUCAGAUUCAAAGCCCCUUGUGACAUCACUAACAGGCUCAUGAACAUAUUCCAGAACCAGAACCACGUUUCGCUCUGACGUCAAACAUCAUUGACACAAUGACCAUGCAAGGUGCAGCUCUCACACUGAUUCUAAGCUCACCUACACACACACAUCUACACACCAACGUCUGAGGUUCAGUACCUUGCUAAAGGACCAUUUGACUGGACUGGGGCAGCCGGGAGUCCAUCAGUAACCCUUCGAUUACUAGAUAACCCUGAGCCACAGCAGUGGUUUCAAACUUUUAACCAAUGUGGA